GCGGCGUGUCGGGCCCUAUUCUGGGCGUGGAGCAGAGGGAACCCGGGGCCGCCCUGGGCUCAAGUCUGGACUCAGUGGCUAGGAGGGGGCAGCUCCUCGGGUGACACUCCGCCUUCUUGGGUUUUGGUGGGCGCCCGUGAGACUGCAAUCUUUGGAGUCUUUUUGCUUUUCUUGCGCUGGUUGGUUCUCGCCCCCUCUCGGAAGCGAUUUUCUGCUGGUUUCCUUUAAAAAAAAACUGUUUUCGCAGUUGCCUUGCAUGUUAACUCCAUCAGGACAGUCACGCUUCAGCCACGCAGAGUUCCUGUCAGAUCAGAUGUUGAACCCCGGGGGCAGGGGGCAGAAAUCGCCCCAGCGUUGGCACUCUUGGGUCUGCCUCAGCGAUUUCUGCUCUCAGCUGGCACAGGGUUGGGGUCAAGUUCUUAGCACCACAGUGUUUUUAUUGGAGACUAGUACUCUGUUGAAUAAAGAAGAACGGGAUUAACCGUACCAUAUGCUUCUUGAUCGUCAUCGAGUUCCUUUACCGGGACUUGGAGAACACGAGCAUUGUAAAAAGUAUUGACUAAAGUUACUUAACAGGCUGAAUAAAUAACAUCUGGCGUGUUGCAUCUGCCGAGUAUGACUGGUAUUCCUUGUUUUUUGGCUAGAGAUUUACUACACCCGUCCUUGGAAGAGGAGAAGAAAAAACAUAAAAAGAAACGGCUAGUUCAAAGCCCAAAUUCCUAUUUUAUGGAUGUAAAAUGCCCAGGUUGCUACAAGAUUACCACGGUUUUCAGCCAUGCUCAGACGGUGGUUCUUUGUGUAGGCUGUUCAACAGUGCUGUGCCAGCCAACGGGAGGAAAGGCCAGACUCACAGAGGGGUGUUCAUUUAGAAGAAAGCAACACUAAUGAUCCACACAACCUCUUGAAUUUGUGUUCUAUCGCAGAAAGCCUUAUCAGUUCAGUAAUUCCAGUUAAUCUACCAAGAUAAUGUAAUUAUGUUUAAUUUUGUAAGGUUUACAACAGUGAUGUCCUAUUUUGGUGUCAGUUUUUCAAUAAAGUUUUGAUUAUGGGCAAA